GGGCGUGGGCUGCGGGCGCGGCUUAGAGGGAUGGUGGAGUUGUAGCUGAAGAGAUGGAGGUGUGUACGUACGGCGGUGACGUAGGUGGGUGUGGCGCGGAUGCAGGGUCCAGCCCCGGUUCCUGGGUCGUGCGCCGCGAUCUGUUUUUGGACAAAAUGAUGAUCCUAGCGCGCCGUUAGCUGUGAUUGGCCAGGGCGCAUGCGAGACAAGAAGUAUUGGACGGGUUAUUGGAAUUGCUGGGUACGGGGUAGGCAGGACCUACGGAGGUGCUGCUGGCGGCUCCGGAUCCGGGUCCGGUUCUGGGUCGUUGUCCCUGGGAUUGAAGGAUGCUGGCUGCUUGUUCUUCUCGGUAGCGCGACGAGACAUGAGGAACUGCAAUCAGUGAUAACGCCACAAGGAAUAGGGAUCGGAAGAGGUCGAACUAGAAUAAGAAGUACGUCUAGAAUACCAAUGGCGUCUGGAGGCUUGCGAAAAGAGGAAGUAAACGUGCCCGAUGCUCUGGCUCUGGGACCGGAUGAGGCCCGAAGAGCCUCCCUACCUUAUAUACAGACCUUCGUUCGCACUUUUCAGACUGCUUCAGCUUGGCAGUGCGCUGAAGUAGCAGCAUGGUGCCACGCAAUUCGCAAGAUUACUACCCCUCGCAGUAUACACUCUUCAGGUCGAUGGCCUCGUGAUGGCGUCCUCCCAUCAUCCCAUGGCUUUGACGGGUAGUUCUGCUACGAGCCACGAGCCCAGAACGUGCACUUGCUAAAAUUGGAUA